CGGUCUUAACUUAAAACUUAGAAUAAUACAAACAAAAGAUGAAUUUCUAAAUUAAAUUACGUGACGGUCAAAAGACUGUAAUGCUCCAGGCUUCAGGUUCCGCUCCUUUUUCUUCACAUAUUUAUAAUCUUAGCAGCCAAUAGGAUUGCAUCACAAAAUUAUAUCAAGACUUAUACUAUUACUACUCAAUAUUCAUAUAAUAUACAUACAUUAUUAAUGAUAAAUCAAACCUAAAUAUAAAUAUGAGUUUUUAACUGAAACACAAAAAAUGGCUCUAACAACAGAUAUGCAUUUGAAGUUGAUGACUGCAUGAAUAAAAGUGACUAAGGUUUGUAGCACUGACUUUAUGUGCAAAAUAAAACAUAAAAAUAGCUGAGUUUUAAACAGGAAUACAUAAAUUAUGAACAUGAACUAUGAACUGAAGUAAGGAUUUUGUGAGGAUAUUUACAAGCAUGAAUUGUACCAAAAAGUAAGAAAUGAUAAAAUAAUACUGCAAAUGAAUUAAAUGAAGCAAUGAAGUGAUCACUGUUUAGUGUAUAACACAGCAUGUAGGCAUAUUUUGGUGUUUUUUGAUGCUUUUUUCUGAUGCUGUUUUCACGCCACUUCCUAGGUCUUCAUCCAUCUCACAGAUACAUAAUGUCCAAGAGCAUCUUGGGUCAAGCCUCCCUGGAAAGCAACAACUGCCCUCAAAGUAAAUGUGUUUCCUUAGAGCACCAGAGUGGAGGGAAAUUCACUCGAAGGGAAUUCUCUCUGCAGCUCUAAAUCAUCAUCAAAACAUACUUGUGGCCAAAUUAGGUCAAUGGCUUGGUUCGGAUCUCCAAAGUCCAUCAGCUUCUUUACCUGUGAUGCCUGCCGUACAUGGGGUUCCAUCCUGCCUUCUGUGUUCAUCUGCACAAGCAUAUUUCCAGACAUGAAACACUUUGAACAGCCAGUGACAACUUUACCAGGUAAACAAAGAAGAGGCAUCAAGAGGUUAUGAUCAGCAACUCAGCUCAUCCACUGAACCAUUACCCUGCUCGUCCAUCCAGCUUUCACCCCACCCCUUCCGCUCUUGACGUCACCGCAUCAUAUAUUUACAAGCGGCUGGAAACCCUGUUCCACUCCUGCACUGAACGGCUGACUGAUUGCGUUCUUUCCACAUGAAACGCCUCGCUCCGGCGACACAUAUGACACUGAACAUAAAGACAGAAAGAGGAGAUUGAGCCCCACUCAUUUAUUCCUGCUGCUCGACAGAUCGUCACCUUGUCUACGCAUGUCUUAUUCAGAGGAAAACAGAAUUUUUUGUACUUUUUCUUGGCGCAUUGAAAACAGUACCUGCUUGAUUAAAGUAAACCAAGGUUUAAAAUGAAUGAAGGAUUUGAGAACAAUUUUACUCAUCUAUAUAACAACUGGACAUUUUACAACUCCUCCCUGGAGUCUACCAUACCUCGAAACAUCACCUAUGUUGGAUUUUACCUGCAUCCACCAUCCACAGUGGCCAUCUUCAUCGUGUCCUACUUGCUGAUCUUCCUGGUAUGCAUGGUGGGAAAUGGAGUGGUGUGCUUUAUUGUUCUGCGGAGCAGGAAUAUGCGGACUGUCACUAACUUGUUCAUCUUAAAUCUUGCUGUGAGUGACCUCCUGGUUGGGAUUUUCUGCAUGCCCACAACACUUCUCGACAACAUCAUUACUGGGUGGCCUUUCGGAAGCCUGGUCUGCAAAAUGAGUGGCAUGGUUCAAGGGAUCUCUGUGUCAGCAUCCGUCUUCACUCUGGUCGCUAUUGCAGUUGACAGAUUCAGAUGCAUUGUCUAUCCCUUCAAACAAAAGCUGACCAUAUCCACAGCCACCUUGAUAAUAGUAAUUAUCUGGGUUCUGGCCAUAUCCAUCAUGUGUCCCUCUGGAGUGAUGCUACAGGUGACCAAGGAGCAAACCAUCCGGGUGUUACUGGGCUAUGACAACAAAACAAGCCCCUUUUACUGGUGCAGAGAAAACUGGCCAAACCAGGAGAUGCGGAAAAUUUACACAACUGUCCUCUUUGCAAAUAUCUACCUUGCUCCCCUGUCCCUCAUUGUAAUCAUGUAUGCCCGGAUAGGCAUUACGCUUUUCAAAACAGCGGUUCCAACGGGAGGAAAGCCAGAUCAUGACAACCGCCAUACUGUGUCCAAGAAAAAGCAACGGGUGAUUAAGAUGCUUUUAAUAGUAGCUUUGCUUUUCAUUCUUUCCUGGCUGCCACUCUGGACCCUCAUGAUGUUGAGUGACUAUGCCAGCCUAACUGAGCAACAAUAUAGAAUCAUAAACAUUUACAUUUACCCCUUUGCUCACUGGCUAGCCUUCUUCAACAGCAGUAUAAACCCCAUUAUCUAUGGGUUCUUCAAUGAGAAUUUCCGCAGAGGAUUUCAGUCUGUGUUCAAGUUCAGUCUGUGCACAGCCAACAGACAGCGGAGAAAAACCUACUCUCACAGACUGCAGGGAAACUCUGUGCUACCGGCCAAUAAUGCACAAACCUCACUGGAGCCUAUUUCUCUGAACAGCCUGGAUAAGAACACUUCUAGGAGACUUAACCAUGUCACUGAGCAGGACUUGGUAAUGGAGGACCUGGAGAAGGGAUCUUGCAGCAGUGGAGGUGUGACAGCGGUGUCUAUCUGAGGGCACAUUCUUCAAGGUGAUAAGCAAAGGUGUUCAGGAAAUUGUCCUUAUCAUUCAACCUUAAGUACAGAGGAUGAGAGCAGCCAUACUUGCAGGAGAUAACAUCAUUGAUUACAAGGAGAUUGCUUGAGAAAGCAAGUUUACAAUCUUUACUGAAGCUGAGAACAGUCAUGCUUACAAUAGAUUUUUAGGCCAAUUAUUUUAUUAUUUUCUGACUCCAAAACUUGUUUUUUAUGGUAGUAGCUCCAUUUAUCUCAUUAUUACAAGAGGCCAUAAUAAGAUAAGACUUCGUCAUGUCAAGGCAACAAUUUUUUUUAAUUUUUUUUUUUUUUAUGAGAUACAUGAUGUGAUUAUCACAAGAAGACAAGUUUGGUUAACUCUAACAAAAUAAUAAAUUCAUUAUGAGAAAUAAAGAUUUGUUAUUUCAAGUUAAGUAAAUAGCCUGUUAUCACAAGACAAUAAAAUAAUUAACCCUUUUAUCAUCAGAAAACCAUAUUUCAUUAUCUUGGUUUAAUAAUGUAAGUAACCCAUUAUCAGAAAACAAAGAUAAUGCCAAAGAUAAUAACACAGCCUGGCCAAAACGAAAGUUACAUUUCUCCUCAGUAUAUCAUUAUUUGGCCACUGAAAAAGUACUGACCACUCUUUAGUGACAAUGUUGUAAAUGGACUGGACUAGCAUUUUCUACACCUUCAUGGUGCCUAAAGCACUUUACAAAGCCUCACAUUCACCCAUUCAUGCACACACUCACACACCAGUGGAUGGCUGUUGCCAUGGGCAUGCCACCCAUACUGUACUUACACAUUGUAGGUAUAGAAGAAAAAUACACAGACUGGCCAAAAAAAAGUUCUACACUCUAAUAUUUAUUUGGAUCACCUUUGAUCAAAGGACACAUUAGUUGUGGCAUUGUUUCAGUAACUUUUGCAAUGCCAUAACAUUUAUUUCUGUAAGUUUUUGGACACAUGGUGUUGCUGAAUCAAGAUCUGACCAACUGCAAGAACCUCAGAUCACAACACUGGCCCCACAGGCUUGUACUGUAGGCAUUAGGCAUGAUGGGUGAUGACUUCAUUCACCUCUCCUCUCACCCUAAUGGACCCAUCACUCUGGAAGAGGGUAAGUCUGCUCUCAUCAGACCACAUAUUUUUUGUCCAUUGAAACACAGUCCAUUCUUUAUUCUCACUUCUCAAAAUGAUGAUUGUUUAGUAAAUGAGAAGCAACUCAAUGCAUUUGUUAGCAUUAAAGAACAUGUUGCAGCUGAAACAUAUUUGUUACUGCAGGAAGGAUCUGAACUAUUGGCUCAGUUAAAUCCAGGAAGAGCCUUUUUUGACCUGCUGUAUAUCAAGAUGAUAACAUAAUUACCACAUUUAGAUGAGGAAAGACUUGACUCAUUACCACAAAAUAAACAAGCUUUGUUGUCUUGAGCUACCAAAAUAAAGACCUGUUAUGAUGAAACAAGCUUGGUAAAUAAUUAACCUACCAUCAUGAAAAAACAAGCUUCAUUGAGAAAACAAAAAUAAUUAACUAAGGUCUUGAGAUGAGAACACUAUAAACUAAAUCCAAGCUUGGAUUGGCCACUAUAUCCUCUUUGAAGACUACGUUGCUUACAAGGAUGCAUUAUUGAAUAUUUCAUAGGAGGAAGUUAAAUUCAUUUAAGGUGUCUUAUGCCUAUAAGACACCUUAAAUGAAUUUAACUGGUUUUAAAUACAGCAGCACAAGAUACUUCACACUGAGAUCAAGUAUGUUUCAAACCACCUCAAAUAUCAGGAACUGACUGAAAUUGUGAUUGGUAAUCUCUGGUUAUCACUGUACACUUUGAACACAAUUUAUUGUGCACAUUUUGUGCAAUGGGCAUGCUGACGAGAGUGUAGGCAGGCAGAAAGUAAUACCAGCUCUACUUACCUUGUGAAAGGGGGGGGGGGGGUAUCAGCAAUUAGGACUGGUUGAUACUGCAUGAAUUAACGUACUGCCCCAUGCCAUACCUUCAUACAAGUGUAUAAAAAUUGCAUCAAACAUGUUGUUUCAGAGGCAGAUUUCAGAAGAACAGUUCACACGAAUAUCACUUAAUAUUCCAAGUCAGGAACACUGCUGAAUCUCUGCGUGAAUUCAUCUUCAAUUCCAAAUUCAAUUUACUUUCAGAUACAAUAAUUGUCUUCAUAUCUGGCAACAAAGUUUCCAAGGCACUGUGUGGUACAUCAGAUGAGGAAAAUUAUUUCUAUAGGUGAACUUCUGCAGGUAAAGAAAAGCUUAUGUCUGGUUUGUCAUAUUGUCUUUAUUUGUUUCAUGUUUUAUACUUGGUAUUUUAGUUUUAGGGAAAAUAUCUCCAUUUCCCCCUAAUUCAGUAGAUUCAACUAUCUCGAUACUGUACAUUUUCUCCAGAGGUCCCAUUUGCUUAUGGUAAAAUGAGCAACAAUGAAAGUUACAUGGUAAUAAUUUGUCUGUACUACAAUAUCUUCUAGUUUUAAAACCACUUACUUUUUAAUAUUCUAUCCUUUACAUCACAAAUGGAGGCAUAUUUUAAGCCAUGUGUAUGACUGUAUGUACCCUAUGAACAUGCACAUGUACUGAUGCUAGAUGGAAAUAUAAUAUAUUGUUGAAUAGAUCAUGAGUCUGUAAUGAAUGUACACUAUAAAUCUCAGUUUAACU